AUGGAAGAAGGCAGGCAGAUUAGAGAAAUAGUUCUCAGUUCAAAAUCAAAGGUCUUGAAACACACUUUUGCUCCCGUUUCUCCAGAGGUCAAGCAAGCCUUCAGAGACCCCGAUCCCACAGAGUACGUGCCUGCAGAGAUCUCUGCAUUUCCCACGGGUUCAGUCCCAACGAAUAUCUUUUAUGAGCAUUUACAAGAAUCUGUCCUACGGCUUCUUCCUUCUAGUUACAAGGAAUCGCAACACAAAGGGUUAAAGUCGUCCGUCCACCAGGGUGCAGCCAAAGUCGGCAAAAGCUUUGCGGGAAUUCUGAGAACGCACCAUCAGCUAGAUCCCGGCCAGCUCUUUAAGUCACGACCCCAGAACUCUACCUACAGUCCCCGCGCCAAGGCUGCAGUGAGCAAGUGGACAACCCCGACCUACCUAGAUGCACCAGCUUGCAAGGCACCCGCCCCGCCGGCCCGCCCGCCGGCGCCGCCGCCGCCGCCGCUGGCUGGCCCGGGGGGCUGCCGUGCGCUCCGGUGCGAGCCGCCGCCUUCUCCGCAGCGCCCCCGUCCGCGCUCUUCUGCAAGAUUCCGCGCAGUUCCAAGUCCGACCCGCGGCGCCCACCCUCCCGCCGCCGCCGCCACCGCCGGCGCCACCGCGCGCCAGGCUGCUGUGGCUGCUGCAGGCGCCGAAGGAGCGUUGCGUGCACCUCCGCCGCUCGGGCUGGGGCUCCUGCUCCCGCGCGAGCACUGGAGGGACGGAGGGAGGGGACACAGGCUGGGAGAAAGGGGCGGAGAGCCAGGCGGCGCAGCCAACGGGGUCCCGCGCCUCACGCUGCUCGCACCACCACCCACCUCCCGAGCCUCUGUGCCCCGCCGCCGCCGCCGCCGCCGCCGUUCGCUGCUCGAGCCCGGGCUGUCUGGGUCUGCUCCUGUCCGGCCUCGUGGCCCUGGCAUCUAUAAAUGCCAAGACAUAACGUUGUGCUCCACAUGGUGGCGUCAGGUAAGGACAAGAAGAUCAGCACUGGGAAGUCAGCCUCUCAUGAUUUCUGACAAGCACGACAAUCUCCUCAGAGCAUUAAAUGCUCUGUCAUUUCCCUUCACCGUGAUCAAGCCCAAUGCCACAAGCAGGCAUCGACUAAGGAUGUGUUGUUCAAUACAAGUGCGAGAGAAACAAAAGCAAACAAGACAUCAUUCUUUCCAGCUUGAAGCUAAGGGCCUAGUGAAAAGAAAAAAAUACAAAGAGCCUCAAUCCUGCCCAUUACUGCACCAACGUGGGACCAAGUCUUGGAUUUUGGGUCUUCGUGAGAUCCAAAGAUACACAGUCAGAGUGGAAAACUCCUUGAUCUAAGAGAAAUAACAGUUACAUCAGAAAAAGAAACAAAAGCACUGAAAUGCUUGAUGCAAAUUUGGUAAACUUGGUGCUUAAAUGGUUCAAAACAGGAAGAAACUGUCCCCAUCCAAUUUGGUCCUCGUUAACCUAUCAUCUCAUCUUUGAGAAUAUUUUUCCUAUAAAAUACAUUUUGUAAUUAAGAGGUUUGUCUAUUGGUAAAGAUUCUUUUUUUUUUUUUUUUCAAUGCAGUUUAUUCAGGAACCUUGAACAAUCCUUGGACCCUGGGGAAAGCCAGCCCACAGCUUAAAUAGCCUCUGGGUAAAGAUUCUUUUUAACAGAGUUAUUUCUCCCAAAACUGUUCACUCCAGUGAAAUAUGUUUUUGAAGGUUGGCUGAAGGAUCAACAUAAUUUUUCUUAAAUAUCUCCUUUACUAUUACAGAUGUUAAAGCCAUAUUGUCAACAGACUUAUUUUAAAAGUAAAUCAAACUUCUAGAUGUAUGUAGUUCUUUAAUAUUCUGUGAGGUAUGUUUUCAACCUCCCCUUGUGAAAUCUUCCAUGAAUGAUUAUCUCACUGAUUAACUGUGGAGCAAUGAUUUAUUCUUCCUUGAACUUCUAGCCUAAAUAUAAUCAUCUCAUUACUGGCAACAAAUCACCUGAAGAGCAGUUACAGCUAGAAGAUUUCCUCACAAUCUGGAAUCAGACACUGAAUACAACUUUCCGUCCUAACUCCUUUUAUCAUGCUGCAAUGAAUCUAAACAUUAAUUUAUUUCCCAUCUGCCUGCAUAUAUUGUUCUGUCAUAUGCUUCACUCCUCCUUUUCCUCCAUAGGAAAAAAAGUCCAUGUUUUAAACCUCUUUCUUUCUUUUCUUUGCAGAGUUUUCUGAGCAUGUUCAUAGGACUACAAUAAAAGAACAUGAGUGUAAAA